UCGAAAGCGUCGUUUGGCCGCGAUGGCCGCAGCGUUAUCUUGCGAUGAAGAUGAGUCGUGUGCGUCCAAGAGAUCGCUUUGGAUGAAAGACUGGAUGUGCCGAAAGGAACGCGGUAUGCCAAACGAACUUUACGAGGAGCUCCUCGACAACGAUCCCGAGGAGUACAGCAGGCUGCUGCGCGUCAGCCGCGAGCAAUUCCUGCAGCUGCUGUCUCGCGUGGGACCCAGAAUAGCGCGGCAGGACACUGUGAUGCGGCGAGCAAUUCCACCAGAGACACGGCUACAAGCCACUCUUCGUUUUCUUGCAACAGGAGAGAGUCAUCAUUCAUUAAGCCGUCAAUUCAGGCUCGGACACUCAAGUGUCAAUGACCUCAUCCAUGAAACGUGCACAGCACUCUACGAAGAGCUGAAGGAGGACUUCAUAAGAACUCCAAAGACCGAAGAGGAGUGGCUGGAUGUGAUCAGUGGUUUCGCCCAGAAAUGGCAAUUUCCAAACUGUGCCGGCGCACUCGACGGCAAGCACGUCUGCAUCUGGAAGCCACCAAACUCUGGAUCUGUGAACUUUAAUUAUAAAAAGACCCACAGUAUCGUACUCUUCGCUGUAGUAGAUGCAAACUGCAAAUUCAUCUACACCGACGUCGGUGCCCCGGGAUCACAAGGAGACACCGGCAUCUGGCAGACUACACCGUUACAACGAGCUCUGGCAUGCAAGAGGAUCCAUCUGCCAGAGCUGGUGAAGGUAGCAAACUCACCAGACAAGUUUCUGCCCCCCGUUUUUGUGGGCGAUGAUGCAUUUCCUAUCGGAAAAAAUCUCAUGAAACCGUUUGGUGGCACGAACCUCACGGAAGAACAGCGGAUAUUCAAUUACAGGUAA